GACUGCCUUGGCUGUGCUCUCCGCUCCGGACAUAGCGCUGUAAAAAUGCUGCUCUCUGUGCCGCCAAGGACAGGAAUCAACCCAUACAACGGCUAUACCAGCAGGAAUAGCAAGAAGCAGACGUAUGUGUCCCCCUCCAGCCAUCACAUGGCUCCUCCCAGCCCCAACAACAACACUAACACCAACACCAGCAAUGGCAGCAACAGCAGUGGGGGAGAGCAGCUGAGCAAAACCAACCUGUACAUCCGAGGCCUCCACCCAGGAACCACAGACCAGGAUCUGGUCAAACUCUGUCAGCCGUAUGGCAAAAUCGUGUCCACCAAGGCUAUCCUGGACAAAACCACCAACAAGUGCAAAGGCUAUGGCUUUGUUGACUUUGACAGCCCAUCAUCGGCUCAAAAGGCGGUGACAGCGCUGAAGGCAGGUGGAGUCCAGGCUCAGAUGGCCAAGCAACAGGAGCAGGACCCCACCAACUUGUACAUUUCCAAUCUGCCGGUGUCCAUGGACGAGCAGGAGCUAGAGAACAUGCUGAAGCCUUUUAGCCAGGCCAUUUCCACACGCAUCCUCCGUGACGCCAAUGGGACGAGCCGAGGAGUGGGCUUUGCCAGGAUGGAGUCAACAGAGAAGUGCGAAGCCAUCAUUCAGCAUUUCAAUGGGAAAUAUAUCAAGACUCCACCGGGAGUGCCAGUACCAGCAGAGCCCUUGUUGUGUAAAUUUGCCGAUGGGGGCCAGAAGAAGCGUCAGAGCCAAGGGAAGUAUCUGCAGAACGGCAGGCCCUGGACGAGAGAUGGGGAGACGGGAGGAAUGACACUGACAUAUGACCCCACCACAGCCUUACAGAAUGGGUUCUACUCCUCUCCCUACAGCAUUGCCCCCAACCGGAUGAUAGCGCAGACCUCCCUCUCCCCAUACAUGCAUUCUCCUGUAUCUACCUACCAGGUCCACAACCCAUCCUGGAUUCAUCACCAAUCGUACCUCAUGCCGCCCACAGGAGCGGUCCUGACGCCAGGAAUGGACCACACUAUGUCCAUCCAGCCGACCUCUAUGAUGGGGCCUCUCACGCAGCAGCUAAGCCACCUCUCCAUGGGCAGCAGUGGCACGUAUAUGCCUGCAAACACAUCUAUGCAGGGGACCUACAUCCCCCAGUACACCCAAGUGCCUGCCACCAACGUCUCAGUCGAGGAAAGUGCCGUCCAACAAUCUGUUGCCAUAGAGACACCCACAGAACACACAACCUACUCCUACCAGCAUAACAAGUGAAGAGGUGGCAGAGGUCACAUGUUCCUGUGGAGCUGGAGCGCUUCUCGUGGGGCCUGGCUGCUGACACGCAGCACAGUGACUCUGGACUUAAGGCACCAGACACUCGGGAGGAACAUGGAUUGUCACACACACACACACACACACACACACACACACAGGACAAAAGGAUAUUUUCUACAAACUCAUACUUUAUGACAAACUCUUUUACUCCAUACAAGCAAGACAAGAGGACGGCAGGUGACGGGAAAUGGAGGAACACAACAUGGAGCGUCUAUUUUGAUAAGAAAAACGAAAAUCUGUCACACACAAACACACAACAAAUGUCAAGUUUUUUUUUCUUUUUCUGUGCACGUAUUUCAAAUUCUUUUCUAGUACAACUCCGAGGAGCCAGCGUAAAACCAGGAACAGAAUAUUUCAACACCACGUGUCAUUUUUAGACUAAUGUUUUGUUGGUCUGUUGUAAAAUAUGCCGAUUUUUCUUCUCUUCUCUUUUUUUUUUUUUGUCUUGUACUUUCGAGCUUUGAACCUGCCUUUUUGUACAUACUUCUUUGUUUUGUUGUUUUUAGCUCCAUGUGUCAUUGUUAUAUUGAUUAUUGCAAAUAUUUGAGUAGAGAAGACUUCAAAUACAAGCAGACAAACCAACUUUAAAGCCAAGGACUCCUGUUUUGGACAGACAUGGUGCUAACUAGGAUUAGCUUCUCUCACACCGUGGCAGCAGGUUGAUCAAGCAGGAAACCCGACAUGAAGGCUUCUCGCUUGUUUCUGGCACUUGAGUCUCAAAUAACGUAUAGUUCCAACAAUCGUGACAAAGCUUCAGACAAUCAACAAAUUACAUUGAUGAGUCAUUAUUUAGAGGUCUCAGAUUUCAUAGCAAGUACUGCUUUUAAAGAGCUAACUAGAUUGAAAGCGUUCCAGAGAAUGUUAUGAGAAACUUCCAAAUUUUGGUUCACUUUGAGCUGCUCCACUUGACUAAGUCCAAAGUUGCAGAGCCAGGAUCCCAUCUCACACAGAGCUGCCUGUAUAUAAGAGAUUUAAGUUUAUUUAGGCUUCGUUCCGUUUCUUUUUUUUAUCGGUGUAAUAACUGCACUAUUAUUUUAAUAACAACAUUUUAUCAAAUUGUGUGUACAUAGCAGUUAGUGUAUUGCUAUGUACCUUCAAAGAUAAGAUUUUUACACAAUUUGCUUUUGUAAAUGAGACGCUGAAUAUCUGCAAAAGGAAACCGUAGAUUUAUUUUCCCUAGCAAGAAUGAAAUGUUGAUAUUAGAAUAUGAAGUUGUUAUUACAUGGACAGUUGAUAUCAGCUGUAAAAAGUGUGGCUCUGUCCUGGUGUUUUUGUUUUUUUUCAUAAGACACAUUAUAGAAAUGGCCUAAUAUGGCCAGUAUAGAGAUGCUUUGAUAUUGGCCAUUAUUGUGUCUACUUCUGCGUGUUUUUUUCCCUUGUUUUUAUUAGUUUUUUUUUUUUUUUUAAUUUAAAAAAAAAAGUUUUCUCAAGAUUUUUUUUAUUCAAUUUUAAUACUUUUAAGAUUGAUCCUAUUUUUCAAAGAGGCUUUGAUUUUAUUUUUGGUAGUGUGUUGUGUGCUUCAAAUAAUGAGAAGUAGAUUUUUGUGUUCAACAGUGCAUUUUCUUAUGGAGAGUGAUUUUUUUGUAUGUUGGCGUACUUAGCUCGCUCUGCUGAUGUCCAAAAGGCUUUAAUGUUUUUGAAGACAUCUCAAUUCUGUCUGUGUCACACGUGUUGGCACUUUAUGAGCAUAACAGCCGGUCAUGGAUGGAUUCUCUAUGCUACGUUCAUUUGCGUUGUUACAGAGUUGUACCCCAAGCAGUGGGAACAAUGUAAGAGAUUUAUGGUCAAAACCUUUAACUUACCUCAUCAUGCCAGAGCAAUGUAGAUUCAGUUAGUGUACAAGGUUCAUAGGCAAUAACUAACUGCAGUAGUUCUCAUGGCUGUUCACAGCUGGUACUGUGUCCAUAUCCUUUACUCUUCCGUCCAGUGUUCGGAAAACAUGCCCAAGGUCUGAUGGUCUAUGCAAUUAAUUUAUUAUCCUUAAUAAUGCAAUACUAGGUAUAUCUAACAGACACCUCACACUAUGACAAUGGAUCACCUCACACAGCGACUUCACACUCUGCUUCAUCAGUGGCUUUCAUUUUCAUUCUACAUGAAUAGAUUCAUCUUUUGCUCACUAACUGCCAGUAAAAUGGCUGCAUUAAAAGGGAUUUUUUUUAAAAAAAGAUGACUGUUGGAGAUCUACUCAAAAGGAGAAAAAAAUAAAUAAAAAUAAAUAAAAAUAAAUGGCAGGUGUGCUUAAUGUGUACAAAGUGGUGUGUUGCUCACCUGUCUUUUUAAUUGCAGUUGUCUUGUUAGGCUUUGUUCUCUGUCUCACCAAAGAAAUCAUGCAUUGUGCAGCGGUCUGGGUCUGUGUUCACGGGAUCUAGUGCUUUGUCUAAAUGGACCCUGGAGAGUUGUUACGUUUUAAUUUCCAUUCCAUCCAGUUGCAAUUUUUAUGUUAGGCACAGACAUUUCUUGUCCUGUUCUGUUUGUUAAUGUGUUUUCAUGCGGAGCGAAUCAAAGCUGGUUAUUAGUGCUUUUUUUUUUUUUUUGUAAACCGUAAAACCAACUAUUAAUUCCAUGAGAAAAUAAAACUUCACAGAAAUGCCUUAGAUUUCACUGAAAGGGGUAAUAGGGUGCUACACAGAUUUGGUUGGCUGGAUCUCUGACUGGAAUAGUUGUUUUUUUGUUUUGUUUUGUUUUUCUUUCCAUGCACUGCUAAUGUUGAAGAGAUUUUUGUUACAACAAAGCUACUCUGAAAAUAGGUCUACCAAGCAAAGAAAUAUUUACCAGAUUUUGUACGACUAUUUUGUUGUGUUCCAUUGUCAUUCCAUUGUUUUUAUCCAAAAUACUGAAGACAAAAAAAAAAAAAAAAUCUCACAGGUUUCC